AUGAGGUCAGACUACAAGUUUAGUAACUUGCUUGGAACAGUUUACAAGAAAGGCAACUUAUUAUUUACAGAGGAUGGAACCAAACUUUUGUCCCCCGUUGGAAAUAGAGUUUCGUGUUUCGAUCUAAUAAGAUCACAAUCAUUCACAUUCAGCUACCAACAUCGCAAGAAUGUACAAUGCAUGGCAUUGAACAAGCAAAACACACUUUUGAUUUCCAUUGAUGAAGAUGGCCGAGCAAUUCUUUUGAAUUUUGUUUCUCGAGUGGUGCUUCAUCAUUUCAACUUCAAAUCGCGGGUGAACGCCGUUGCUUUUAGUCCUUGUGGAAAGUACUUAGCCGUCGCUGUUGGCAAGUUUGUCCAAGUUUGGAAAACACCAGACUUCACAGAGGAUAGACAAUUUGCACCAUUUGUGAGGCACAGAAUAUACCUGGGACACUUUGAUGAUGUGUUGAACAUCUCCUGGUCGCAAGAUUCAAGAUUUUUUAUCAGCACAAGCAAGGACAUGACAGCAAAGAUUUACUCUCUAGAGUCUGAAGAGAGAGACGUUGCAAGAACUUUUUCUGGACAUCGUGACUAUGUUGUGAAUGCAUUCUUUAGUAAAGAUCAAGAAGUAAUCUACACAGUCAGUAAGGAUGGAGCUUUGUUUAAAUGGGAAUACACAGAGUCACCAGAAAAUGACACUGAUGAGCAAGGGGAGCACACUAAACUGGAUUGGAGAAUCACUUCAAAAAACUUUUUCUAUGCUAAUGGGAAACUCAAAUGUGCCACGUUUCACGCCAACUCUUCUUUAUUGGUUGUCGGCUUCUCCAAUGGUGAGUUUAGAGUUUAUGAGAUUGGCGAUGAUUUAAAUCUUAUUCAACUGUUGAGCAUGGGUCAAAAUACGAUAAACACAGUGAACAUUAACAGUACUGGGGAAUGGCUUGCUUUUGGGUCCUCAAAGUUAGGACAGUUGCUAGUUUAUGAAUGGCAAAGUGAGUCGUACAUUCUCAAGCAACAGGGUCAUUUUGAUGCAAUGAACACUCUUUGCUAUUCUCCAGAUGGCUCUCGAUUGGUCACCGGCUCAGAUGAUGGAAGAAUAAAAAUUUGGGACGUUGCUUCAGGGUUUUGUUUGAUGACCUUUACCGAGCAUACAGCACCAGUCACGCAAGUUCAGUUUGCAAAGAAGGGACAAGUCUUGUUUUCUUCAUCAUUGGAUGGCACGAUACGUGCAUUUGACUUGAUUAGGUUCAGAAACUUCAGAACAUUCACUGCCACAUCGAGGAUUCAAUUCAAUUGUGUUGCGGUUGAUCCUAGUGGGGAAGUGAUUGUGGGUGGGUCUCAAGAUAGUUUCGAGAUUUACGUUUGGUCUGUGCAGACGGGAAACUUGUUAGACUCUUUAACCGGCCAUGAGGGCCCCAUUUCGUGUCUAUCUUUUGGUCAAGAAAAUUCCAUACUCGCGUCUGCAUCGUGGGACAAAACUGUUCGAAUUUGGAACAUAUUUUCAAGAAACCAGUCAGUAGAACCAAUUGAGGUACUGAGCGAUGUUUUGAGUAUUGGUAUGAGACCCGAUUGCAAAGAAUUGGCGGUUUCAACUUUAGAUGGACAUAUUGCGGUUUAUGAUGUCGAGGACGCUAGACAGUUGCAUUUGAUUGAUGGAAGAAAGGAUAUCAUCAGUGGUAGAUACCUUGAAGAUCGGUUUGUGAGUAAAAAUUCAAACCGUGGUAAGUAUUUUACUACAAUUGCAUACUCCUUUGAUGGUCUAACCUUGUUAGCUGCUGGUAAUAAUAACUCGAUCUGCAUGUAUGAUAUUGAAAGUGAAGUGAUGUUGAAGAGAUUCAUUGUGUCGGAAAACAUGUCGAUUGAUGGUACCCUUCAGUACUUGAACAGCCGUAAAAUCACUGAUUCCGGAAUCAACGCCGAUUUGAUAGAUAGGGAUGGCGAAAACAGCGAUUUAGAGGAUCGUCUUGAUAAUACUUUACCAGGGUCUCAAAAAGGUGGCGACCCUAGUCAGCGUCGAACAAGACCAGAGAUUCGAGUCACUUCGAUUAAUUUCUCCCCAACCACGUCGUCAUUUGCCGCAGCAACCACUGAAGGAUUAAUGAUUUACUCGAUUAAUCAAGAGUUGGUUUUUGAUCCAUUCGAUUUGGACAUUGAUGUUACUCCGGAUUCUGCUUUGGAGUCUUUGAAAGAAAAGGAGUACUUGAUUGCAUUGAUUAUGGCGUUGAGGUUGAAUGAGGGGUAUGUGAUCCAUCAAGUGUUGGAGGCCGUGCCUCUACCAGAUAUCAAGCUCGUGUGUCAAGACAUACCUGAAGUUUAUCUUGACCGAACUCUUCACUUUAUUGGAGAGCUAUUAACUAAACAAGACUCUCCUCAUAUCGAAUUUUACUUGAUAUGGGUUAGAUGCAUUUUAUCUCUGCAUGGGAGAUUCAUUGCGGCUCACAAAUUUGAAUUCCGUUCUUCGUUAAAAUUGUUGUCACGUUAUUUGAGUAAAGUAGCCAAGGAAGUGGUUAGUGUCGGGAAGAGAAAUGAAUUUUUGAUUGGAUUUUUGAGCACCAGCAAGAAGUUGGCUCAAGAAGAAUCCAUUGUGGAGGAUACGUCGGAGCUGGAUAGUGGUGAAUUUGACAAUGCUGAGAGUGACAUUGAAGCUUAUGACGAUGAAGAUGAUGAAGAUGAAGAUGAUGAUGUUGAUGAAGAAGAAGAGUGGAUGAAACCAAAUCCCAAGUCUUUGCCAACUCAGGAUGCAUUCGCAGGUGUUGAUAGUGAUGACGAAAUGAUAGAGGUAUAG